CAUAUAUAUAUCAAAGUUGUUUUUUCUUUAAUACAUAAAAAUUAAUAAGAGACCAGAAUAAUGGAGGUAGAGAGAGUCCAAGCUUUAUCAUCCCUUGGUCUAAUGGAGCUACCGGAGAAGUUCAUUCGGCCGGUGAACGAACGGCCGGAGAGCAGCAAGGCGGUGGAGGGUGUGACAGUGCCCGUUGUGUCUCUCUCUCAGCCGCAAGAGGUGGUCGUUAAGGAGGUUUCCGUAGCUGCUGCUGAGUGGGGCUUCUUUCUGAUCACCGAUCAUGGGAUACCGGCGGCGUUGAUCCAACGGCUGAAAGAGGUUGGUGAGAUGUUUUUCAUGCUGCCUCAGCAGGAGAAGGAGUCCAACGCUAAUGAUCCAACGGUUGGGAAGUUUGAAGGUUAUGGAACUAAGAUGACUAAGAACCAUGAAGAAAAGUUAGAGUGGAUUGACUACUUUUUUCAUGUCAUGCAUCCUUUGUCUAAAGUUCAUCAUGAGUUUUGGCCACAAAACCCACCUUCUUAUAGGGAAGUGACUGAAGAAUACAACAAAGAAAUGUUGAGGAUAACAGAUGUGGUUCUUCAACUACUGUCAGAAGGUCUUGGAUUAGAAGAAGGAAAGGGUUUAAAAAGCAGUUUGGGAGAAGAGGAAAUAGAGUUAGAAAUGAAGAUAAACAUGUAUCCACCAUGCCCACAACCAGAGCUGGCCCUUGGAGUUGAAGCUCACACAGACAUGUCUGCCAUCACCAUACUUGUGCCCAAUGAAGUUGCUGGUCUUCAAGUCUCGAAAGACAACCAGUGGGUCGCCGUUGAUUACUUGCCAAAUGCACUCUUCAUUCACAUUGGUGAUCAAAUUGAGGUACUAAGUAAUGGGAAGUACAAGAGUGUUCUUCAUAGGAGCUUGGUGAACAAGGAAAAGACUCGAAUGUCAUGGGCGGUGUUUUGCGUGCCUCCCCAUGAAACAAUGAUCGGACCUAUUCCAAAGCUGGUUGGCGACCACAACUUGCCCAAGUUUUCCACCAAAACAUAUGCAGAGUAUCGCCAUCGCAAGUUCAACAAGCUUCCACAGUAAAAAAAAUAAGAAUGAAUGUUUUAUUUUAUUUUGUUAUGAAUAAGACUAUUGUAUUGCUCAAACUAUCAUGGACAAAUACACCAAGAAUUCCUAACAAACAAGGAAACCAACUUGGCUCAAAAACCAACAGGAUCGCCAUGAACAACACUUAGCUCCAAUACAAAACAAUCUCCUGUACAACAUUCAGCUAUAAGCUAUAAAUAAACUCUCUAUCUUUACUUGAA